CUAGAUACGUAGCCUAGCAAAAGAAGAUAGCGACGCGUUUGCGCUGUGAUAUUGCCUAUCGGCGUUUUUUCGAAAAUUGGAUAUUUUUCAUUUGUUUGCACAGUGCAUGUCUUUGUGCCGGGAUGUGUAAAAAAUGUUAAAAGUGUCUGCGUUAAAAAAUCCUUUAAACAAUCACCGUUUCGGGCUUCCUUUGUCAGUUUGGCUUGCGUUUUGAUUAAUACAUCGCAGCCAUCUAGCAAGCUAGCUAAUGGUAAAUGCGAGAAAUUUGAAAUAGGUUUCAAAUGUGUACUUGAGGAAGUUUGCAGAUAAAUACCACUCUUCCACUACAACAUUAUGAGAUUUCCAGAAAUCUCAUGGAUAAAGACUAUUGAAAUAUUCAUCUAGGUAACUGUACAACAAUAAACGGGGUUGACUAGCAAACCUGAGUGGAUGUUUUGGUUGGAUAAAUGAGAGAAAUAAUAAUAUACCGAACGUGUUCUGUUCAUGCGAAAUCGUGUAUAGUGUCCAGCUAUAUAUUUAUGGUUGACUGUAAACCUUAGCCACAUAUUCAGCUAGGUAGUACAUCACGAACUACUAAGCAAGCUAACGGUACCUGACUGCCUUUUUGCUAGCUAGUCAGCGAGCUCAACAUUGCGACAAUUGGAAUUUCUAAAUGAUUGUUUGAUCAUUUUACAACUUUAACGGACUUUCAGUCAAAGUACACAGAAACUAAACCGAGCAGCUAGCUCAUAGCUGGUGAAGCGAAAAAGAAAAAAAUGUUUCGGUAUUUGGGUGAUAUGGACGAGAGCCCGUUCAUAAUGGAUCCCUUUGCGGCCCACAGACAGCAGAUGCGCAGUCUGUUCGGAUCUUUUGGUUUUGAGCCGUAUCCCCUCAGCCCUCAGAUACAGGCCCCUCGCACCCCCCACCUCCAGGCUGGUGCCAUGACCCCCUUUGGAAUGAUGGGAAUGGGUGGAGGUUUUAUGGACAUGUUCGGGAUGAUGGGAGGAAUCAUGGAGAACAUGGAGAGAAUGUCAGGCUCCCCUAGCUGUCAGACCUACUCUUCCUCCACUGUCAUCUCCUACUCGUCGACAGACUCCGGACCCCCGAAGGUGUACCAGCAGACCAGCGAGAUGAGGACCGCACCUGGAGGGAUUCGGGAAACGCAUCAAGCCAUGCGGGACAGCGAGAGUGGGGUAGAGCGCCUCUCCAUCGGACACCACAUCUGGGACCGGGGACACGUGAUGGAGAGGUCCCGGAACCAUAAGACAGGGGAUCGCGAAGAGAGGCAGGACUUCAUCAACUUGGAAGAGAGUGAGGCCGCGGCGUUUGACGAGGAGUGGAGGAGGGAAGCAGGACGGUACCCCCCUCCAAACGCCCGGGGGCUGGACUACGGCCGAGACAGGCGGGCAGGGGGCGGGGUUCAGCAGCUGGCCCUCCCUGCCCCACCCGACUCAUCUUCCCCACCAGUUUCCCACCAUGACUCCCCAAGACACCACCCCUCUCCCACCCGCCUCCGCUACGACUGGUGACCAAGAGAGGGAGGUUAAAGAGAGGAGAUUGAAAGGAGGAGCAUCUUGAUGCUGUGAAAGAGAAGAUUAAGACAGAGACAUGGAAGAAGUAACUGAU